CCCCCGUGAUUGUACGCACACUUUAGCGGCCGUUGUUUGUUAUCCGGGGCCACAGUCUUUGCACUAACAGCCGCAUGUGGUUGCUGACAUGACAGCUCUCGCAUGGAGGGAAGACACGUAUCCACCGCAGAUGUUUUAAAUGUUGUAUUAUUUGUACGGCGUGGGGUCUAAGUGAGCGGGAGGACAUUUGAGGACACCGGUUACCCGUCCGACUGAGCCGAGCCGACCGAGCCGACCCGAGCGGAGCAGCACACUCCACUCCACCAAAAUGGCAACCCCUUAUGUGACAGAUGAAUCUGGGAAAUACAUUGCUUCCACUCAGAGACCUGAUGGAACAUGGAGGAAGCCGAGGCGGGUGAAGGAUGGCUAUGUUCCUCAGGAGGAAGUACCAGUUUAUGAAAACAAGUAUGUGAAGUUUUUCAAGAGCAAACCGGACUUGCCACCUGGCAUGAGCCCAUCUGAGGAAGCUUCACCCAUACAGCAGCAGCAGAAGAUCCCCGGCUGUGUCGACAGUGAGGGAGCCGCUCUCUCUAAGUCGGCCAAGCGCAACAUGAAGCGUAAAGAAAAACGAAAACAGCAGCACCAAGGCCAGGACGGAGACGCGGACAUGGAAUCGAUAAACGAUGCUGUUGAAAAUGUGUCCAUUUCAGACAGCGGCGAGUCUUCAAAUAAAUCGGCAGCGGCGGCCCCCGUCUCUCCUCCCGGCGAUUCCUCGGCAGCAGCGGAAGAUGCUGCCGAAAGAGCCAAGAAGAUCAAAAACCUGAAAAAGAAGCUGCGCCAAAUUGAGGAUCUGCAACAGAAAGUGGACUCUGGGGAAAUAAAGCAACCAACAAAGGAUCAGUUGGAAAAGCUGGGCCGAGCAAAGGCCUUACUCGAGGAGUUACAGGAGCUGGAAUGUGAUUCGUGAAGCAAUAAUGAACAGCAGAGUCAGACAGACUGAACAUACAUACACACUGUAACAGAACGAAAAGGACCUUUCAUCAUCACAGUUUCCAUUUAAAGAUAGUUUAUUUUAUUUUAAUCAUGAACUCUGAAAGUGAACACGGGAUGUUGACGUAGCAGGCACUACACCUUCAGGACUGACAGGUCUGUGGUUCUUUUUUUUUUAAGACACAGAUCUCUAAACGACAUCACAUGUUCUGCUCAUAUACUUCUAUUAACCAGGCCAUUCACUUAUAAACGUCUGUUUAAAAAGAAAAAAAGGACCUCAGCGUGAAUUGUUUUGUGCAUGUCUGUCUUUUCCAUUUUGUACCUUUCAUACCAUCAUGUAUCUCUUAUACAGAAAAAAAACGAACAAAAAGAUUUGUUGAAGAAAGCAUAUUUUGUUUUUCUGUUUUUAACAUUUUUGUCAAAGAUUGGACGGCCUCUUAAAGUCACUCUGUUGUACAGUCAUUACAUGAAUUAAAGUUACUUACUGUGUAAAAUGUUAAAAUCUCAUUGCUUUGCGAUUUACAUGAAUAACAGACUUAUUUUGGUGUCAUUCGGUACUUUUUGGGAAGUGGCCCUUCCUUAAAGCUGAGCCUGGUGAUGUAUAUUUUACAACAAAUCUUAUAGAAUAUCCAAAACCAGCAAUGCAUCAAUCCAACACACAUGCAGUAUUAUCUCCCAACAAACCUGUUUUUCUGUACCAGAGAACCCCAUUGUUUUCCACUCUUGCUAUGAAUGACACAUUUUUUUACUUGUUAAGGAUGAACACGUGGACUGUGUUCACCGGGUUUAUUUGAAUCCCACAGGUCACUUCUGUGUAUUCACUAAAAUUGUAUAAAUCUGCCUGGAAGUAGUCGCCAAAAUGCCCCACAUACAGUAUUCUUGCUUCAGAGAUGCUACAAACUAUAAAUGACCCAUAAAUAAAAACCCAGCAAAUCUA